GGUAACAGACAAAAGUCAAAAGUGUAAACUGUAGCAAUUUCGGAUUUCACAAUUCUCACAAACUGUUUUUCUUUUGCCGAAUAGUUCUUUUUUCGAAAAUACAUAAAUAAUGGUGGGCGCUAUGCCUAUUAAUAUAGCACCAAAAUUUUGUAACGGCGCCAUGGAUAGUUGUAAUGGUAAUGAUGACAGUGAGAUACAAGUGAUGAUUGGUAGUCGAAUAAAAAGUAAUGAUGAUUUUGGAACUGUGAAAUAUAUUGGAGAAGUGCAGGGCUACAAUGGUAUUUGGUAUGGUGUUGAAUGGGAUAAUAUCUCCCGGGGUAAGCACGAUGGAUGCGUCGAUGGUAUUCAGUAUUUCAAGACCAUAAAUAACGGCGCUGGAUCUUUUGUUCGUCCUAGCAAGAUAUCCCCUAUGAAGACUACUUCUGAAGCUAUUCAGCAAUGUUAUGGUGAUCGAGAGGAUGAGCUGAUAGCUGCUCACCGAAGAACAGUGAUCAAUGAAUGGAAACGAGAAAUGGGAGCACCCUUCAUUGAAAUGGUUGGAUUUGAGAAAAUUCAUCAAAAACAAAAAAUGGACCGCCUUCAAGAGGUAUGCGUUCGCGACCAGAGCAUCUGCAAGGCGGGUGACGUGGCUUCCUUGUGCCCGAAUGUGAAGAGCUUGGAUGUUUCGCAGAAUCUUUUCUCUAAUUGGCGCGAGAUUAUUACGCUGUCGGCUCAACUCCCAAAUUUGAGGGAACUGGAUGUCAGCAAAAACCGAAUGGCAAUAGACAUACCCGAAGACACCCUCAUACACCUAUCAGGCAACUUCUCAAACCUGGAGAAACUCAACAUUUCAGUUUGUAACUACGAAUGGUCUGACAUACUUGCACUCUCUCAUCUCUGGCCAAAAAUCACGGAAAUCAUAGCAGCCUAUAACAUAAUAGAUAAAAUCACGCCGCCAGAUACAUUGGGCACUUUGACAAUACUACGGUUAGAUGGGAAUCCGUUGAGCUCGUGGUCUGAGGUGGUGAAUCUGGGGAGAAUGAAGAAUCUGAAGGUUUUGAGUUUGAACGACUGUUAUUUGCAGAAGAUUAGGUUCAAGGAUGAACUGGCCAAUGUGGAGGUGGAUCUGUUUGAGAAUUUGGAAGUGUUGUUUUUGAACCGCAAUAGGAUUAAUGACUGGCGGUCAGUGAGUGAACUGAAUAAAUUAAAAAACCUCAAAAAGCUUUACUUCCUCAAGAAUCCGGUACUGAACAAUGAAGAUUAUAACACAGACUCGCAGCUGAUUAUCGCUAAGAUUGGAACACUCCAGGAAUUGAACGGAUCAACAAUAACCCGGGAACAACGCCGUGGCGCCGAAUAUGACUACAUAAAAAGAUAUGGAGCGGAGUGGAAGCUGGCCCAGACUGAUGAGACGACGAGAAUUGCAUUUGAUUUAGAACAUGGCCGAUUUCAGAAGCUAAUUGACAAAUAUGGUAUUCCAGAGGACAGCCUACUAGUUACACAACAGAAAACUACCACUCUUACAUCUCAACUCGUAGAAAUUACACUAAAAGAUGAAAAUGGAAAGUCUUUCAAGAAGAAAUUCCCUUCGUCAAUGGCCGUUCAAAAGCUUGUAACACUCGCGCAAAGAUUAUUCUCCAAAAGUAAUAAUGGCAAAUUAACAUUACACUUACAAAGCGAAAAUUCAAAAGGUGCAAGUGAAGAAUUGAAUAACGUUAUGAAAGAUUUAUCAUAUUUUUCUAUAAACAACGGGGACGUAAUCAUUGUGAGAUUCAGAUAGACGGGAGAUUUAACAAGUGCUAUAGCAACACUAAAUCAAGCUAUAAAAAUUUACUGACGCGUAAUAUUAAAUUAUUUAAAUGUUUAUGCUUUGUAUACAGUAUUACUGGUGAGACAUUAAAGGUGCGUAGAAAUUACGCGCGGCAAACCAUCGACCGCGCUCGAACUUGCCGCGGGGCCAAUCGCUCGCUGUCGGUUUUUGAGACCGCAUCAACGGCGGUUUCUCUCAGUUGUACUUUUGCUGAGUUGGCUCUCGCAGCGAAUGCGUAAUUGAUAAUGAAAUUUACCGUUUUGAUACUAGAAAAAGGUAUUGAAGACUAGUAUACAAGUCUCAAGUUGCUAGAAAUUUUAAUUAUUUCUAAUAAUGCUAAUUUGGUUUACAAGAAUGAACUAGUCUGUCUAGCUGCCGCGGGUUGUUAAAGCUGGAUCGGCUGCCUCGCGACAAUCGCGUUCUACUAAAUUAAUAUCAACAUAUUGGCUCAAGUCGGGUCGCACAUAAUUUUUGAUCGCAAAUAAAUGAUGUAUGGAUGCAUCAUCGCAACUUUUUGUUAGUAAAGCGCAAGCGUCGACAGGUCCGCGCCCGCCUUCCCGCUUACUAUCUCUGCGCACCCCGCGAUUAGCGUAUCGUUAGUGUCUCUGUCAUCCUGAGUAUUAAUGAGAAAUUGUACCUGUAUUAACUGCGUUUUUAAAUUCAGAAAUAAAUAUAUAUCCUAUGUAUUUUGAA